GUUAUUACUCGCACAUUUUGUAAACAUUGAAAAUCAAGAAAAUUUUAUUAAUUAAAAUAUAGUCUGUAAAAGAUGUCUAUCCCCGACGAAGAACACAUAAUUAAGAGGAGAUUACAGAUUGAUGGAGAGGGGGUUGGAGACGAUCGUAGGAUAAAUUUGCUGCUGAAAACGUUUAUUAAAUGGUGCCAUGAAGAUACAGUUGAGGAUAUUUCAAUGCCGCUGGCAACACAACUAGCAUUAAGUGAGUUUGCUAUCCAAAAAUCAGAAUUAUCGGAAUCAAUGAUUGACGCCGAAUUGAAAAAUUACAAAAAGGUAUCGGAUGUCAUAGCUGAGAAGAUUGAUAGAGUUAAGGACGAAAUUGAGGAAUCAAAGAAGCAUUUAGUUACAGCAAAGGAAAUUAGACGUAAUAAACUGGAAUAUUCAAGUUUAGCUAGAUUUAUAAAGGAACAGCCAGAUCGAAAAGAAAUUAUUAAGAAACAUGAGGAUUUGAAGGCAGAACUAGUUAAACAGAAUGAAGAAUAUCAAAAGAUUAAUAAAGCUCUAGAAAAUAAGCGAAAAGACUUUGCAUGCUUCAUGCUUAUAGCUAAUGAAUUAUUCCGUGAUGCUGAAAAGAACGAAAGUGAAGAGAAUGGCGAGGAAACAAUGGGAGACGAUACUGAGGAAGACGACGAAGAUAAUAUUGAAAGCAUGAUAAUUGAAUAAAUCUUUGAAUUAAUAUUAUUUUAUUUGUCUGCAUUCA